AUGAACUAUAUAAGCUCCUUGCUGACACAGAUCCAGCAGGCCUCCAAAAACAACAGACCUCAUCGACUCGCUCCGGACGUCUUUCACACAAGAAAAGCAUCCAAGAUGUCUCCCCGAAGCAUCACUCUACUUUCGGCAUUGUUUGCCUUUUCGUACGCCUACAAAGGUGGAGGCGGGGGAGGAAUGAUGCCAAUGGGCGGCGGUAUGGGUGGUGGUAUGCCCAUGGAAAUGGGCGGUGGUAUGGGAAUGAUGCCAAUGGGCGGUGGUAUGGGAAUGAUGCCAAUGGGUGGUGGUAUGGAAAUGAUGCCAAUGGGUGGUGGUAUGGGCGGUGGAAUGAUGCCCAUGAAAAUGGGCGGUGGCAUGGGAAUGAUGCCCAUGGGUGGUGGUAUGGAAAUGAUGCCAAUGGGUGGUGGUAUGGGAAUGAUGCCAAUGGGUGGUGGUAUGGGCGGUGGAAUGCCAAUGCCCAUGGGAAAGAUGGGUGGAAUGAUGCCCAUGGGAAAGAUGGGUCGUGGAAUGCCAAUGCCUAUGCCAAUGCCGAUGCCUAUGCCGAUGCCAAUGCCAAUGCCGAUGCCAAAGCCGAUGCCAAUGCCGAUGCCAGGAAAACGCUACAGGCGCUAUGCCAGUCGUGGAGGUAGCGGUGGUAUGAAAGGAGGAAUGGGCGGAGGAAUGAUGCCCAUGCCGAUGCCAAUGCCAAUGCCGAUGCCAAAGGGAGGUAAAGGUGGAAUGGGCGGAGGAAUGAUGCCCAUGCCAAUGCCGAUGCCAAUGCCAAUGCCGAUGCCUAUGCCGAUGGGAGGUAAAGGCGGAAUGGGCGGUGGGAUGCCAAUGGAAGGGAUUAUGAUGCAGAUGAUGAUGGGUGGCGGUAUGGGUGGCGGUAUGCCCAUGAUGAUGCCAAUGGGAGAUGGUGGUAUGCCAAUGAGUGGUGGUAUGCCCAUGAUGAUGCCAAUGGGCGGUGAAGGCGGUAUGCCAAUGGGCGGCGGUAUGCCAAUGAGCGGCGGUAUGUCCGGCAAAGGAGGGAUGGGUGGCGGUAUGCCUAUGAUGAUGCCAAUGGGUGGAGAAGGCGGUAUGCCAAUGGGAGGUGGUAUGCCAAUGAUGAUGCCAAUGGGAGAAGGCGGUAUGCCAAUGGGUGGUGGUAUGCCAAUGAUGAUGCCAAUGGGCGGUGAAGGCGGUAUGCCCAUGAAUGGCGGUAUGUCCGGCAAAGGAGGGAUGGGAGGUGGUAUGCCAAUGAUGAUGCCAAUGGGAGGAGAAGGCGGUAUGCCAAUGAUGAUGCCAAUGGGAGAAGGCGGUAUGCCAAUGGGUGGUGGUAUGCCAAUGAUGAUGCCAAUGGGCGGUGAAGGCGGUAUGCCCAUGAAUGGCGGUAUGCCCGGCAAAGGAGGGAUGGGUGGUGGUAUGCCUAUGAUGAUGAUGAUGCCUAUGGGAGGCAAAGGAGGUAUGGGUGGAGGAAUGGGCGGUGGAAUGAUGAUGAUGCCUGGAGGAGGUAUGAUGAAAGGCGGUAUGAUGGGUGGAGCUAAAGAAAUGGGCGGAGCGACGGGAGGCGGAGCCGGAGGUGCAGGUGCUGGUGGGGCCGGUGGAAAAGGUGGAGCUACCGGAGGUGAAAUAGAAGCGUAGUAAAGACCUGCCAUUUCUACGGAGUGGUUAUAAUAAAUUGUCAACGACCAGGACCCCACAAUCGACAACGCCAAUCGCCCUCAUUUUCAUGUGCAUGCAGAAUGCUUCUUGUGUCCAACACUCAAUGACACGUUCUUCGAACAGCGGCGCGCAAUAGACUUAUUGACGCCAUUUUUGCUUGAAUCUAAACGUAGAUGUGUUUGUUCAUUCAUCCUUAAUCACAUUUUUGUCUCAGGUCUUGUAUUAAUUGGUAAUAUGAUAUUUUGUGUAGUGCUAAUAUUAUGACUGAUGUUUGUACGCACAAAUGGCAGAUUACAAAUAUGGUUUUGCUCUGUUAAAUAUGACGUGAUUUGUAUAUUGAAGGUUAGUUUCCUACACCCAACAUAUCAAAACGAUCUACAAGAAAUGUAUAUGAACGAUAAAUUUCAGGAAAAUGCCAAUAUAAAUAUAAAUGUGAGCUGGAACGUGUUUGAAAUGUUUAAUAAAUAUGUAAAGAGACUGCCCAACGAAGAGCAAGUAAAUUAUUUUGUAUGUAUUAUUAUUUGGUCAUAAGAGGCUUUAUACAUGCAAAUGGAAUAUGUUGCCUUUUUAUGUUUAUCUUUAUGUAUACUUGUAAUAGGGAUUUUAUAUUUAAAAAUAAAAUAUUGAGCACCAAAA